AUGGCCUUCUUUGUUGAGCUCCUGCAGCUGCCCGAGGCGAAGCGGCUCCCGCAGAGGUACUCGGUGACCCGCCUCGCGCAGGGGCUCCCGCACGGCGACCCCGUCAUGCGGGUGCUCUGUGUCAAAGGACUGAUAACCAUGGAAAAGUGGCGCGGAAAGGACAUCCAGGGCCUGGUGCCAGCCAUGAUGAGGAGCUUGCAGGGAGUGGACGGGAAGCUGGUGGUGGAAGCGCUUGCCGACGUUGGGAAUAUCCUGCGAAGCCUGGACACGGCGACUUGCAUCGGCUGCAUCACCAGACCCCUCAGGCUCCUCUUUGACGACGUAAGGGACCCCUCUUCCCGAGGGAGGAGCGCCUCUCCGAACGGCGGCGCCGGCGCAUCCCGGCAGGAGCGGCCCAGCGUGCGCCUGGCCGCCGUGUCGCUGUUCGGCGCGGCGCUGCGCAGCCUGAGCCGCUGGCCGCGGCUCCCCGAGCGCCGGGAGCUGCUGGACAGCGUCGUGCCGCUGCUGCUGCGCUCGCAGGAGGCCAACACCGACGUGGCCAGGAAGUGCGUGAGGGCCCUCAGGGAGUGCGGGCGGCUGCUGCGCUGGAGGCUGCCCAGGGAGGCCGGCCGCGAGCAGGCCUGGCACCGCCGCCAGGAGCACGCUCGGGACAUCUGCGAGGACCUGGUGAAGAAACACGGAGAGCAUGUGCCGAGGUUCCUGUCCCAGAGCCAGCGCUACCUGGAGAGCUCCCAGCCGGCGCUGCGGAGGGCGGCAGAGCUCUUCGUGGGGUUCCUGGUCGCGCACAUGGAUCCCGCCAGCGCCACCGAGAUGCCCACCGUGAGCAAGGGAGGUGGGGGCGUGGCCCGGCUGGGUGGGCGGGGUCUAAGGGUGGCGAGGAGGGUGAUCGGGCGGGAGGGGCGGAAGCGGUUCCGGAAGCGGCGUGGCGACGGCGCCGGAAGCGGCAGCAUGGCGGAGGUCGGGGCGGGCGGCGCGGCGCCGCGGUACCGGGGCGGCCUCAACGAAAGCACCUGGGAGCAGGAGCUGGAGACCAUCCCCAUGUUCAUGACGCGCUGCCCGGCGGAGAUCGACGCGGCGCGGCAGCCCGAGCUCGCCUGCCUCCAGUCGCUGCUCUUCGACGAGGAGCGCAGCCCCGAAGAGCUCGCCCGUCUGUACAAGAACGAGGGCAACGAGUACUUCAAGGAGAAGGACUACGGCAAGGCCGUGCUCUCCUACACGGAAGGGCUGAAGAAGAAGUGCCAGGACCCCGAGCUGGGCGCCGUGCUGCUCACGAACCGCGCGGCCGCCCAGGCCCGGCUCGGUAACUACCGUUCUGCUCUCAACGAUGCCAUCCAGGCGAGAAGGCUGAAGCCCUCCCACCUCAAAGCGAUCGUGAGAGGAGCUCUCUGUCACUUGGAGCUAAAGAAUUUCUCUGAAGCUGUAGAGUGGUGUGAGGAGGGCCUGCAGAUAGACCCGAAGGAGAAAAAGCUCCUGGAAGUGCGAGCCAAAGCCAGUAAGCUAAAGCGAAUUGAGGAGCGGGAUGUGAGGAAAGCAAAGGUGAUGGAGAGGAAGGAACAGAGUCGAAAGGAAAGUUUACUUGCAGCAAUAAAGGAAAGAAAUAUCAAGGUGGUUCUUGAGCCUUCAAACGAGGAAGAGGAAGUGUCCGAUGCUCUGGCUGAGAUGUCCUUGGAUGGGUUCCACUCUGACAAUGCCCUGGGGGCCAAGGUGCACUUAGAUGCUGAUGGCAGCCUAAACUGGCCUGUCCUCUUCCUGUACCCGGAGCACGAGCAAACGGACUUCAUUGCAGCUUUUCAUGAGAACACGAGAUUUAUUGAUCAUUUAAUGGUGAUGUUUGCUGAGUUACCACCGUGGGAUUUGGAGAGGAAGUAUCUUCCCAGCAAUCUUGAGCUCUAUUUUGAAGAUGAAGAAAGAGCAGAAAUGCAUGAGGUGAACCCAGAACACACGUUGCUGCAAAUGUUGCAGCACCGUAGGUAUUUUGUAAAGGCUGGGACUCCCACAGUUUUGGCAUUUGUAAAGCGUUCUCCUUUCUCCAAGAAGUAUUUCUCCAGCAAGAAGGUGCAUCGGCUGUAAUGAGCAAGAGUGAAACGAGGAAUCACGUGCUGGAGACUGCUCUUUGUGUCCCGCUUGGACUGCGAUGUUCUGCUCGUGCAAGAACACCCUGCACCUGCUGGGCUGGGGCACUGGAGUGCACAGGGAAACUUCCAGCAAGGCAGGAUGGUAACGGAAUGAGGGAAUCACAAGAGGGGAUUGAUUAUUCACUGCAGAGCAACCCCGUGGCUUACAGAAGAACAUCCUUCGUGGCUCGCUUGUAGUUUUGAGAGAAACCUGAAGCACCAGCAAGCAGCUCUGCACCCAGCCCUGCUGCUUGGGCUCUGCUCGCAGCAGUGGGCCUUACUGACCCUCUUGCUAACUCGUUGUGUUGUAUAAUUUGGAAAUAAACAUGUCUAUUUUGAGUGGACUGACUUCUGCCGAACGGAUGAGACAGUCAUUUUUCUCACUGAGCGAAAUAUCGCGUGG